AUCAAUUCAUGAUCAUGUUUUAAUUGGUAAACAUUCUGUUUUAGGACUGACUUAAUUGUGAUACCGAAAUUAUUUUCCAUGGAAUACACAUUUAAACAUAAAACAGCAAAAUGUUUGACCUAUUUGUUAAAUAUUUGUAAUAUGAUCCUAAAUGGCUUUUAAAUGUAAGCCCAGACAUGUAUAGAACACGUACUUAUAUUAUAUCCAAAAAACGGAAAAUCCCAUAUGAAACGAAAGUAGAAUAUCAUUUGGUAUUUGCUUGUUAAGUUUAUGAAAGCUUUACAUGAUAUUUAAAAGAUCUAGGGUAGAAGUGAAAUAGGAAUAAGGAAAAGGGAACAGCAUAAUUUUAUUUCUGUUUUAUUUUGAAACAAUUCAUCACUGAUGGCUAUUUGUACUGGGCGAAUCAAGCUGCAUUUUUAUUAUUUUCUGUUGGUGACAUUUCCUUUCACAACUUUGUUAAGUUCCUUUGUUGGCACAGGAUGGUUUGUCGAGGAGUCCUACAACUACGGACUUCUGGGACAGAGAAUGUUGAGACAUCAGUCCACACAGAAGCCAGAAUAUGGACAUGGCGUGCGUGACGUUGCCACACUCAUACUGGUGAGCACGGCGCUCGGGCUGCUGUUGGUUCCCUUCACUUCCGGCUUUAUAGCCGUGCUGUGCCACCAUCCUUUUAAACCCCGGGACAUGGAUGCACGAUGCUUCCGGGUCAACAGGCGGCUCUUCUAUGGCGGCAUUAUAUGUUACAUUCUUGCAUGCACCAUAAGUCUGUCUGGUUGUAUAAGGUUCGGGGCAGUAAUACCGAUGGAGACCUUGGGUAUAAGCUGGUACGGGUGUCUCUACUCCUCGCUACAUAUGUGGCUCAUGAUAUGCAUAUUUGCUUGCGACACUCUGUGGAAGGAUCGACAUGCAGGGUAUAUAUUUGGCGUGUUUCUGUUCGGAAUAUAUCGUGGACCAGCAGUCAGAAGAGAUCCAGACAUAGAUAACCUUUCAUAUAUUUGAAGAAGGUUUGGAGGAGCAGUAUUACAUUCGUACAUAUUAUAAUUCACGUCAGUUUCUCCGGAGUUAAACUUGUUCGUGUUACAUAAUUUAUGUAAAUAGUCAGACAUAUUGUGGGCUUUGUGAAGGCAUAGCCAGUCCAUAAUCAGUGUGAAAUAUAUAGUUUUAAAUUAAAUGAAAGGGUCGGCAAAUAACAUGCGCUACAAGCGGUUUUCCCUAGUGACCCCUCAGGGCGAUCUUGACCUCAGACGUGGGUUUUUCAAUCGCCCGUACAUGAAGGUGUUUAAAAUCCGCCUAUGCAUGACCAAGUUUAGUCUCGAAAGACUAAAAUAUUUACAGUUAGUUUGACUAUUGACCUCUAAGUGUGACAUGGAGUUACAUCACGGGCCUAAGGCCAUUGCACGCAACCCCGUCUUAUAAAUGUGAACUGUGCAUAAAAGUCGAGUUCACCUUCAGCUGGCUCAACAAUGCUGGCCCACACAUUUACAGAACAGGUGAUUCUUCGAAUGCAUGUAAUGGGUUGGGUGAAGGGAUGAGUUAUAAACCAAAUAACAUUUCAGAAAGUGGAUGAAAUUGAGCGUAUUAGAAAGCCCACUUGACUUUACAGACUGUGUAAAUUGUGGGUAAAUUGUCAUGCUAAAUUACAUACGUUCAAUACGAUUGAAAUAUGAUUGACGCACUUAAAUGAUAUGUUGUUUAUUACCUAUAUACAAUAUGUUUAUGUAAAUAAUAUUACAAAAGUAAAA